AUGCCCCGACAGGACUCAGCGGUCAUGGCCGGCACUCUGACCCACCAGGGCUCCCCUAACCCGGGCUACAGCCCCAACAACAACGCCGUCCCGGUGCCGGCCAUCACCCAGACGAACUCCAGGGACAAAUGGAGCAAAAAGAUGGAUUUCCUCUUGUCUGUCAUUGGCUUUGCGGUGGACCUGGGGAAUGUUUGGAGGUUUCCUUACGUAUGUUAUCAAAACGGUGGUGGUGCUUUCCUCAUUCCCUACAUUUUGAUGGCCAUCUUCGGUGGCGUGCCGCUCUUCUACAUGGAGCUGGCACUGGGGCAGUUCCACAGAACUGGAGCCAUAUCCAUAUGGAAACACAUCUGUCCUAUUUUCAAAGGUAUUGGAUAUGCCAUCUGCAUCAUCGCUCUGUACGUGUCCUUCUACUACAACACCAUCAUCGCCUGGGCCCUCUUCUACUUCUACUCCUCUUUCAGCAACAUCUUGCCUUGGACAAACUGCGACAAUGUGUGGAACACCCCCGACUGCACCAACUACUUUGGCAUAGACAACGUCACCUGGACAAAUUCCUCCAGGUCUCCCGCAGAGGAAUUUUACACGAGGAACGUUCUUGAGAUCCACAAGUCGCCGGGGCUGGAAAACGUCGGGGGUGUGCGAUGGCAGUUGGUGCUCUGCCUUUUUCUCAUUUUCACCAUCGUGUAUUUCAGCCUGUGGAAGGGCGUGAAGACAUCCGGAAAGGUAGUGUGGGUGACCGCCACUUUACCCUACAUCGUGCUUUUCAUCCUCCUGAUUCGAGGAGCCACUUUGCCAGGAGCCUGGAGAGGCGUGGUGUUUUACCUGAAGCCCCAGUGGGGGAAGCUGCUGGAGACCAGUGUGUGGGUGGAUGCUGCAGCUCAGAUAUUCUUCUCUCUGGGGCCAGGGUUCGGGGUCCUGCUGGCUCUCUCCAGCUACAACCCUUUCACUAAUAACUGCUAUCGUGACGCCAUCGUGACAAGUUUGGUGAACUGCCUGACCAGCUUCGUGUCCGGGUUCGUGAUCUUCACAGUGCUGGGCUACAUGGCAGAGAUGAGGAAGGUGGAGGUCGAGGAUGUAGCCAGGGAUAAAGGACCAAGUUUACUCUUCAUCACGUAUCCGGAGGCCAUCGCAAACAUGAUGGGCUCAACCUUCUUCGCCAUCAUCUUUUUCGCGAUGAUGAUCACGCUGGGACUGGAUAGCACUUUUGGUGGGCUGGAGGCGAUCAUCACCGCUGUGUUGGAUGAAUACCCGGAUCAUUUCUCAAACAGACGGGAACUUUUCGUUCUGGGCUUGGUCAUUUUCUGCUUUUUGGGCUCUCUGAGCACCCUUACAUAUGGUGGUGCGUAUGUGGUGAAGCUGCUGGAGGAGUUUGGAGUCGGAUGCUCUAUUAUUGCUGUGGUUUUCCUUGAGGUCAUUGCAGUGUCCUGGUUCUAUGGCAUCCAGAGAUUCAGCAGGGAUGUUGAGGCCAUGUUGGGCAAAGCUCCAGGUUUAUUCUGGAAGGUGUGCUGGGUCGCCAUCAGUCCUGCAUUUCUGGCGUACAUCAUAGUGAGUUCCCUGCUGAAGGCGCCGCCGCUCACACUGUUUGAUUACAAGUACCCGGACUGGACCAUCAUAGUGGGAUACCUCAUUGGCUUCUCGUCCUUCAUGUGGAUCCCCAUCUUCAUGGUCUACAAGCUGGUGUGGACCCCUGGAUCCCUCAAACAGAGGUUGGCGGUGUGUCUGAGACCGGAGAGGACCAUACCAGACAUCCACGCUGACAGCCUCAACAUGGUCACUGUGCCAUAGGGAGAAAGAAACACCUCAACACACGUAAAACACACACACACCCGUUCACACCACAGUUUUGUAUUACAAGCCUGAACACGGUCGGACAUCCUGACUGUUACCUGUUUACGAUAUCAAAGUUCACUCUGUAAAAUGGCAAAUGCUGCUAAAUUUAUCAUGACUAAUACGAGGAAGUGAGAUGUUCAUAACUGUGUGACUCAGAUUAACCUACAGUCUGUCACCACGGUAGUUUACAGCUUUCACAUGCUGCCAUUUUCAAAGUGUUGCAUUCUCGUGGUUGUAGGAGUCAAUGGCAAAUGGUUGAGUGAGUUAACUCUUCCCUUGAUCCGCUGUAUUUAUCUCACAUGAACAUGAUGCCAAGGAAAAUAAAACAUGUAUUUCUGUACGUUGGUGACACUCAGCACAUCGUUUCUAUUGCAUGGAGCCAUUUCUCUUAAGCUUGAUCAUUUCUGUAAAUUGUGAACGAUUAAUGAGAUCUGCUCUGUGCAGUAACAGUGUUGCUUACGCAGCCACUAAACGUAUCAUGGGAGAAAUGUUUUGCAUGCAAUGACAUGUAAUUAAAUGUAUUCCUCAGUGGGUGGUUUUUCCACAUGGAUCAUCACAUAUUCUACGACAUGUCAGUUAAUGUUUUUUUUUUUUUUU